GUUAUCGCUUAGUUGUUCCUAAUUUCUUCCUAAUUAUAUCAAUUACCUGCUUAGUACAUUCUACGGCAUACCCUCAUCGUGCAGCCAUAUCCAAUGUCAGGUUUUGAGAUUAUCGGCGUUGUUUUGGCCGCCUUUCCAUUAGCUCUUGAGGCUCUGAAGGGAUAUGAUGAGGUUUCUAGGCGCUUCCAUCUCUUCCAUGAGAUUAGACUCGAAUACAGCAAGUGUAAAUUUCAUCUUUCGUUCGCCCAAGUGACCUUUAAGAGUCAUCUUAGGCGACUCCUGCAACCUUUGAUUGCGGAUGAAGAUAAGAUGAACUAUUUACUAUCUAAUCCAGGGGGCAGCUCUUGGGUCGACCAGGAUAUUGCGGACCUUUUGCAACUGCGACUAGGUGAAAUGUCUGAACUUCUCAUAAUUUGUAUUGAGGGAAUCAACAACGUCAUUCAAGAACUCAAACGCAAACUAGUGCCAAAUUCUACGUUGCAGGACCACCUCGAAAACCCGGAACCGCGAAUUUCUGAGUCUUUCUCAAAAGAUAACCUAAUAUACAGGUUCAAGUUUUGCAUGGGUGAAGCCGCUCGAAAUAGGCAUUUCGAGGAGCUCGAACGAUUCAAUUCACAGCUUGAGAAGAUACUAGAUAUGGUAUAUCAUAAACCGCAAUCUUUUCAUACGACGAUGCCGACUAUCAACCCAUCAUCCUGUGUAGACUUAUGUAACACCUGGAUUCAUGCCAAUGCCUUAUUCAAAGCUAUGUCGUCUGCAUGGAAGUGCUGCUGUACAGGUCAGCACCCGACGGAGUUAUUACUCCAGCAUAGAACUACUAAUAAGAACGAAUUCAACAUGUUGUUUGUCCAAAAAUCGGCAUCGAAUUGGCACAUACAGAGCGCUUUGAUAACAGAGGGUAAUGAUCCUCAUUGCCGAAGGCCACCAGUAAGCAUAAAGGCUACUGUUCUUCAAUCGCAUUGUCAAAAAACCACCCCAAUAAGAUCAGCACCAAAAAAAGGUGGCAAAAUCAACAACCAAGUAGUUCCGGCAAGUCCAAUGCCCGAGAUAGAAUGUGCAUCCAUUCCAAUUGCUCCUCGGCUUGAACAAGAGAUACCUUGUCUCUGCAGGUCUUUGACUUCAGACGAUAAUGGAUGCUAUGGUUAUCUUACCGAGAAAGACUACAAAUACUAUGUAUGCAGAUUAUCACGUCAGCAGAGCGAAAAGUUCAAUAGUGUUACAAUGGAUCAGAUCCUUCAAAGAGAGGUAUUGUCACCGCCAAGUCGCCGAAAACGAUAUGCUCUCGCUCUCACUCUUGCUUCAUCAUUCAUCCAACUGCUCGAAACUCCUUGGUUGCCUUAUUCAUGGAAAAAGUCAGACAUCGUGUUCAUAGGCGAUGAGAAAACUUCCGAUGUGUUGUUCUCAGGCCAACCAUAUUUGAAACACUCGUUUAUAACUUCUUCCAGACUAAACAGUGACCAGCGACAGAAGCCACCAAUGAUCGACAAUACUACCAAUAAAAGAGAGAACACAGAGAUUUUUGGACCCUUCGAGUUAAUCGGCAUCGUCUUGUUGGAACUAUGCUUCGGUCAGUUGCUGGAAGAGCAUUCCAUUCGCAGGCAAUGUCCUGCUGGAAAUAAUGAGUCGGAAAAGUUCAUCUUUGACGUUGUCGCAGCUCGACGGUGGAAUGAAAAAGUAAGCGACGAAGCAGGUUCUGAAUUUGACAGAGCGAUCAAGUGGUGUUUUGAGGGGUAUCGUAACGCCGAACCUGAGAAUUGGAGAAAGGAAAUGUGGCGACAUGUCGUCCGGCCCCUCGAGAAUUGCCAAAUGCAUCUUUCAAGGUAAUGAUAACUGUUGAAAUAGAUGCAGGUUAUGAGUAUCAUGUUGGUUGAUUAGUUGGUUAAGUUGCUAAUUAGUUCUAGGUAGUGGUUCGUAAAUAGUACCUACCUACAUAUAUA